AUCUGCCUCAGACCAAAGCACCGAGGAGAUGGGUUCAUUGUGCCCGGAGAGAGUGACAAUAGGAGUCUGCAAGACAAAGCCGGGUUCCGGAGAAGCAUGCGUCUUUGUCGCAGAAAAUCCCACAGCACCCAAGUGUCCUGUUACUCGCGAUGCCCCAGCAACUGCUAUCACGCAGUGUCUGCCCCUUAUGAGGAGGUUGUGAGGUAUCAGAGGAGACCCUGUGACCGCCACAGACUCAUAGUACUCCUAGGACCUUCAGGAGUUGGCGUUAAUGAACUCAGAAAGCAGAUUAUUAGUUUAAAUUCCAGCAUAUUUCAGAGUCCGGUUCCACAUACUACUCGCCAUAAGAAGAGUUAUGAAGAGAAUGGUCGGGAAUAUUUCUUUGUAUCUAAAGAGACAUUUGAAAGUCUGGUAUAUAGCCACAGUUUCCUGGAGUACGGAGAACACAAAGGGAAUUUGUAUGGUACAAGUGUGGAGACGGUGAAAGACGUCAUGGAUGCUGGAAAAAUCUGCAUAAUUGAUCUGGAGCCACAGUGUAUUCCAGGGGCCCGAACACAUGAACUUAAACCGUAUAUCAUAUUUAUUAAACCACCAAGCAGACACUGCAUGAGGCAGACCAGAGAGAACGCCCGCAUCAUCACAGAUUACUAUGUGAACCUGAGAUAUAAGGAAGAAGACUUCCAGGAGAUAGAAGAAUCUGCAGCAAAGAUGGAAGCUCAGUUUCAUCAGUUUUUUGACCAUGUGUUGGUGAAUGAUGAUCUGCAGUCGGCUUGUAUCCAGCUCAUGUCCAUUGUCCGGCGGGCACAGGAUGAACCACAGUGGAUCCCAGCAUCUUGGAUCUGCUCCGAUUCAUAAUAGUCAACGAAGUAAAGACGAGUUAUCAAAGGCUUAGCGGCCAUGGGAAUAUUAUGUUACUUAGUGCAGACCUUAGAUAGAGAGGAGCUACUGAGUGUGUAGACGGCAGAGACAGAAUAACCUUUAGCAAGCCAUCAGAAUACUCACAGCAGCACAGAGUAUGUCAGGAGAUGCAGGAAGCAGCCACUUCCUGGAAAAGAGCAGAAAGCACCAGGGAAAAUAACAUCACAGGCAGCAGCCUCCACUCACAAUAAUGCAGGAAGACUGUGCUGUGGAAAUGCAUCUCAUACAGGGAAUGAAAUCAGUGAAUUCAACUUAUUAUUAUUUAUUUAGAACUGAUUCGGCUUAAAUAAUAAAUAGAUUAAC